AUGUCUUCGUCGGAUAUCAAUGUCACGGUUGAUUCGUUUAUUGAUAGGUUGAAGCGGAGGCAGAUUACUGGCACGUACAAUGUGUCGCUGGAGACGUUACAAAUUCUGAUGCGUUACGUAUCUGCCAUCCGGUGGUCGACGAUGGACGAGCUCAUUGACCAGAUCCGUCUACUCGGCAGCCGGCUAGAAAAAGCACAGCCGUAUGAAUUCAGUUGUGGGAAUGUGAUUCGGCGCGUGCUGGCUCUGGUGCGCGACGAAAUGGAGGAGCAGGAUUGCUCCAAAGCGCCAGUGGUGGGCGCGGUGCCGGCGGAGCCGCUGAUUUCGUCGAUGUUCAACCUGCUGCAGAAGCCAGAGGAUACACAGAUGCAGCAGCAGCGACAGCAGCACCAGCAGUCGAACCAGGCCAGGACGGACGUUCGGCAGGUCAUAAUCCAGGGCAUCAAGGACCUGAUUGACGAAAUAAAAAACAUAGACGACGGCAUUCAGCAGAUUGCGAUUGACCUUAUCCACGACCGCGAAAUCUUGCUCACGCCGACUCCGGACUCGAAGACCGUUCUGCGGUUUCUCCUCAAGGCGAAGGAGAGGAACAACCGGAACUUCACUGUUCUGGUAACAGAAGGCUUCCCCAACAACACCAAGGUCGCGCACGAGUUCGCGCGGAACCUGGCGCAGCGCAAUAUCGAGACCAUCGUGAUCCCAGACAGCGCUGUUUUUGCCCUGAUGUCGCGGGUCGGGAAGGUCAUCAUUGGGGCGAAGGCUGUCUUCACCAACGGGGGCGCAAUCUCGUCCACGGCAGGUGUCUCCAGUGUGUGCGAGUGUGCCCGCGAAUUCAAAACACCGGUCUUUGCUGUCGCAGGGCUCUACAAACUGUCGCCGCUGUAUCCAUUUGAUAUAGAGAAGCUGGUGGAGAUUGGUGGGUCUCAGAACGUGCUCCCCACAAUAGAAAACGACAGGGUUGGAAACACAAUGGAUACGAUAAACCCAGUGACUGACUACAUCACGCCUGAAAACAUCGACAUAUAUAUCACAAACAUCGGCGGGUUUGCUCCUAGCUUCAUUUACCGUGUCGUGUGGGACAACUACAAGCAGGAAGAUGUCAACCUAGUCGCGGCGAAGUGA